UGCUCAACGGGGAGCUCUGAGAAAACCCCAGCGAGGGUUUAAGAAGUCGAGCGAUUCCUUCCGCGCGCGCUCUCUCUCUCAUCUUCCGAUGAUGACGACGACGACGACGGACGGCGUGAGGCUUCGGGUGGCAUUUAAGGAGCGUCACAUUCUGAGCAAGUCACAGAGGACACAAGGACUCAGGCGGAGCUGGAUUCUACUCAAACCUCACCACCGCACCAUCUCCAACCUCGCCGCCUAUCUCCUCCACGCUUUCGACCUCCACCGUUCUUGCCCCGAUGGUCUCCUCAUCUCCAUGGAUGGGUUUGUGCUUCCGCCUUUCGAAUCCACCUCCAUUUUCAAGGAUGAAGAUAUUAUCAGUGUGAAUAGGAAAGAGGGCACAUUGUCUGAAAUUGCACUGCUUGAUGAUGGAACAGACGCUAUUGAGGUGGAGGAAAUUGUGGAGAGGCAACCGAUGAAUACGCGUAUGAAGCUUCUGGCUAAUGAAGAAUUCGAAAAGGAGACUGGAGGAUAUGAUAGUGAUUCGGAAGAGGAUGGAUCUGACCAAUUGGAGGAUUUAUUUCCUGUUGAGAAUCCACCUGACAACGGUUCAAACAGACGGUCCAAGAAAAGGAAGCUUUCAGAUAAACCUCAGAGUUCAAAGAGGAAGAGAAUUAAAUCUUCCGCUACCGAAGAAUGUUCUGGUUUACCUGAAGGCCUUCAGAAUGAUGUCCGUGCAGAGAAGACAAAAAGUUCUCAUCAGUCUCGUGUUCUCGCCAAAAAGAGACAUUCCAAGAUGGACAAGUCAUUUACUGUUGAGGAUGGACUGGAUAAUUCAAGCACCCGUAAGACUGAUGAAAGAAUUGAUGGAAUAAGUAAAUCAAUGCCCAAUGGAAAGAGAUCCUGUCAGCUUCAAGAGAACGAAAAAAAGGGUGUGGUUUCAUCUGAAACGCCUGGUGAAAGUAAAAAGCUUCCUAGUAGAAGUGCUCGACGUAAAAAGGCCAAAAGGCAAUGGUUGAGGGAAAAAAUGAAAGCUGAGAAGGAAGAGUUGCAUCAGACGCAAUUGCUCAAAACAAAUAAUCAGCAAUCAACGGGUAAAGAUAAUCAGAAAUGUCCUGAAGAACACCAGCAACCAAACACAAACAAUGAAGAAGAGGAGGAACAAUCGGACACAGAUAGUGACGGAGAGGAUGAGCAAAUGAAAAUAGAUAACAAUGAAGUAGUUAAGCAACCAUACACAGAUAAUGAUAAAGAGGAUGAUAUUGUUCCUGUAGUAAUUAGACCAGGACAUAUUCGAUUUGAACCUCUAGCAAAAGUGGACAAAGAUCAGCCUAUUCAGCAGAAUACAACUCCAGUGGAAACUUUUCGGUGGAAUGGAAUAACCAGCAAGAAGAGGGGUCAAAUAUGGGGUAUGGAGAAAACAUCACAUUCAAGAACAAGCGACUACAACGAUCUGAAUCAAGAGUCACCUGGAGUACCGGAUAUUGAAAAAGAGAUCCCUGUGAAUGAUCACAUAGACUUCAAUAAGCUUGAGCUCUGUACUACUUUACCUAAGAAAGGUGAUCAAAUUGCAUAUUGUUUGAUUGAAUUAACAUCGUGCUGGACUCCUGAAGUUUCCUCAUACCGAAUUGGAGAAGUGUCACGGUAUGACCCUCAAUCAAAUAAGAUUAUGCUAGUACAGGUUCCAGAGUAUCCCAUUGUUUUUGCGGGGACGGAUGAGGGAUCUGAUGUAGUGCCAGAUACAUCCCUUUACGGGCAAGAUCGCUCUCUAGAGGUAGAUUAUUCUUCACUUUUUGAUGUCCGCAUUGUUAAGCACGGCAACCUCAACACAGCAAAACCAGUCACUGGAGAUCAAAAUGUUGCAUCAGGAUCCAGGCAGCUCGACAAAGACAUGGAAACUCACGCUGCUACGAAAGAAAAUGGAAAGGCAAGUGCAUGGGAUGAAAUCAGCCAGGCAUUUAAUGCGAAGAAGGCGGAGCUGUCGCAGGAGGAGAACGGUUGGAGUAAAAACGAUGGUUCGGUGAGGAGCUCAUGGUCGUAUAGGGGCUUGAGAGGUAGCGCGUUAGGUCCAGUAGUGGCUCGUUUGAGAGCGCAAGGGCACUAAGGACCUAACAGCGGGUAAAUGUCUCCUAGAUCAACUGUUGUCCAUAGUUUUGUGAACUUAGAAGAAAUAGAAUCCGACUUUUCGCCUUAAAAAUAGUAUUUCCGGUGUGUGUAAUGCGAGGUCGUUGGUGCAAUUCAAGGCCGUUUAUUGUAUAGUGUAUCUACUUUCAUCGGAGUGUCUUGAAUGGCAACACCUUUGGUGCUUUACAGGGGGGAAAAUGUACAUACUUGAUUCGCUUAUUUCAAUUGAUACUAUUUAUCUGCCUUGAAAACAAAA